UAAGAGCAACCAAUUAACAUAUUCAGCAACAUCUAACAAAUAAAGUUGCAAUCAACACCUAACAUUAUGGAGUUGAAAAAGAUGGAAAUUCCGGCGCCCACUUCCACUUCUCCGGCGAAACAUAAGAAAGCAACCAAAUUUGAUUCUUUCUCUGAAAAUCCAACUCCCAACGCCACACCACUGCUUCUCUACCUUACAAACGCUGUUUUCUUCACGGCAGUGUAUUUCCUGCUUGUUAGCUGGCGCGAUAAGAUCCGUCACUCCAAGCCUCUCCAUGUUGUCUCAAGCUCUGAGAUCACCGCCCUUCUGGCUUUCGCGGUUUCCUUGAUUUACCUCUUGGGCUUUUUCGCCCAUCCUCUUCAAGAACAGGAAAAUGAAGAAAAAGAAGAAGAAGGAGGAAAACAGAUUAUAGUCAAGAAAAAAGUCCCAGAUGUCAAAUCUGAUCCAAUAAUAAUGUUAUCGGAAGAGGAAGAGGAGAUAGUAAAAGGUGUUGUUGAAGGUCGGGUUCCGUCCUACUCCCUGGAAUCUAAGCUAGGGGAUUGCAAGAAGGCGGCAGCCAUUCGCCGGGAGGCGCUGGAGAGAAUAACCGGCAAGUCUCUACACGGACUUCCCUUGGAGAAUUUUGAUUAUGAAUCGAUUCUGGGUCAGUGUUGCGAGAUGCCAGUUGGGUACGUGCAGAUUCCGGUAGGUAUUGCGGGGCCGCUCUUGCUAGACGGUGAAGAGUACGCCGUCCCCAUGGCCACCACGGAGGGUUGCUUGGUAGCCAGCACCAACCGGGGUUGCAAAGCCAUCUAUGCCUCCGGUGGCGCCACCAGUGUGUUGUUGAAGGACGGGAUGACUCGAGCUCCGGUGGUGAGAUUCUCCACCGCCCAAAGAGCCGCUCAGUUGAAGCUCUACUUGGAGGAUCCUCUAAGUUUCGAGACCAUCGCCGGAGCUUUCAACAAAUCCAGCCGAUUCGCUAGGCUUCAGAGCAUCAAAUGCGCUAUUGCCGGAAAGAAUCUCUACAUGAGAUUCACAUGCAGCACCGGAGACGCCAUGGGGAUGAACAUGGUCUCCAAGGGCGUCCAAAACGUAUUGGAUUUUCUCCUCACCGACUUCCCUGACAUGGACGUCAUCGGAAUCUCCGGCAACUUUUGCUCCGACAAGAAACCUGCGGCGGUGAAUUGGAUCGAAGGCCGCGGAAAGUCGGUCGUCUGCGAGGCCAUAAUAAAGGAAGAAAUAGUCAAGAAAGUACUAAAAACAGACGUUACCUCCUUAGUAGAGCUAAACAUGCUCAAGAAUCUCACUGGCUCCGCCAUGGCCGGUGCUCUUGGGGGCUUCAACGCCCACGCCGCCAACAUUGUCUCCGCCGUCUAUAUCGCCACAGGACAAGACCCCGCACAAAACAUUGAAAGCUCGCACUGUAUAACCAUGAUGGAGGCCGUUAACGAUGGGAAAGACCUUCACAUCUCUGUAACCAUGCCGUCCAUUGAGGUAGGCACGGUGGGAGGUGGGACCCAGCUUGCUUCUCAGGCAGCAUGCUUGAAUCUCUUGGGAGUGAAGGGUGCUAGCAAGGUUGCACCGGGAGCCAACUCCAGGCGAUUAGCGGCAAUCAUUGCCGGAGCUGUGUUGGCCGGUGAACUCUCCCUCAUGUCUGCCAUCGCUGCCGGACAGUUGGUCAAGAGUCAUAUGAAAUUCAAUAGAUCUAACAAAGCUUAAUUAGCUUCCUAAAUUUCUUUCUUGAGUUUAAAUUCUUUAACACUUUAUUUGUAAUUUUUUGCUGUAAUUUCUAUUAAAAAUUAAAGUUACAUAUCUCAUCUUUA